AUGAUUUCGUCGAUCGUCUUCAUAUUGGUUCUAUCUGUUCAUCAAUGCGAUUCGUACCCAUAUUUGGCGUCCAAGUUACAACCGGAUAUUUUCCAUCCAUUUCAAGAACCAGGCCCCAAUGAUAUUCGCGGUCCGUGUCCAGGUUUGAACGCAGCUGCAAAUCAUGGUUUUAUCAGUCGCAGUGGCAUAACAACACUCGCAGAAUUGGUUCAAAUGCAGCAAGAUUUAUAUAAUGUAGGUUUAGAUCUAGCUAUUGUUUUAGCAACAGUUGGUGUGGCACUCGAUGGAGAUAUUCUAACUGGCAAGUUAUCCAUUGGAAAAGAAUCAUCAGCUGUUCCAGGACUUUUACGUACACCGGGUGGACUAAAUGCGCACAAUAAAUUUGAAGGUGAUACAUCCUUAACUCGUAAUGAUUAUUAUUUAGCUGACGGAGAUAAUUUUCGAUUCAAUGGUACUUUGUAUGGAAUGAUGUAUGCUGAAGCGCAAAAAAAUAAUGGAUUAUACAGUUGGAAAGCAAUGGCUGAUUACCCACUUCUGCUCUAUGGAGCUGCAACAUUUCUGUAUGAAUUGUUUCCUAAUGGAACAGAUAAAUUACCGACGGAAAAAGUCAUUUCUUCAUUUUUUGGUGCGAAACAAACUGGAAAUGGGAAAUGGGCAGCCACACCUGAACGAAUUCCUUCCAAUUGGUACAAGCGAGAAACACCGUAUACUUUAGUUGAUGUUGCUGUGGAAAUAUUGAAAUUAUAUUUAGAACAUAUCGCUUUAUUUGGCGGAAAUACUGGUCGGCCAAAUUCAUUUAUUCUUAAUCCUCUGCAAUUAACAUUGGACAAGCAAACGGUCAAUGGAAUUUUAUGUUUCUUAUAUCAAACCAUUUUAUCCGUUGUGCCAUCACAAAUAGAAACACUUGUUACAACUCCAUUGGCCAUACUCAAUUAUCUUACAGCAAAUUUAGACCCAAUAUUUGGUCCACAAUUUGGAUGUCCAUCGACUAGUCUUGAUCAAAUAGUUGCCAAAAAGCAAUAA